AGGGCGGGCAGUUCCUGCGGAGACUCUGGCAGGGCAGGCCGAUGGGGAGCGCUGAGCUCGCGGGAUGGGGACCCCCAGGGGAGGGAGCGGCAGGCGGAGGUGGUCAGGCAGGGAGGGGGGCAGCCCGAGCCCUGGUAGUCCGCGCCGUUUGAAAGCAACAGUUGAGCGCCGCCGCUGCCUCGGCUCCCGCCCAGCACCGGCCCUGACGCGGCGUCGCGCCCUCCGGGAGCUGCGUGAGGCCAAUCGGUCGCGCCGGCUCUGCUCAGCCGCGACUGGCUUUCCGGGGCUGGCCGGGGCGCGCCCGAAGUGGGGAGAAGCGCGGUGAGGCGCCGGCCCCAGCAUGUCGCUGCCUCCGGAGAAAGCCUCGGAGCUGAAGCAGCUCAUCCACCAGCAGCUGAGCAAGAUGGAUGUCCAUGGCAGAAUAAGAGAAAUCCUUGCUGAGACAAUACGGGAAGAAUUGGCACCAGAUCAACAACAGUUAUCAACAGAAGAUUUGAUCAAAGCCCUUAGACGUCGGGGAAUCAUUGAUGAUGUGAUGAAAGAACUUAAUUUUGUUACUGAUAGUGUUGAUCAAGAGCUACCUUCCUCUCCAAAACAACCUGUUUGUUUUACUGAUAGACAUUCAACGUUGUUAAAAAAAACUAAUAUUGAUCCAACACGGAGGUAUCUUUACCUUCAGGUUUUGGGUGGAAAAGCUUUUUUGGAACAUCUACAAGAACCUGAGCCUUUACCGGGACAAGUUUGUUCAACUUUUACUUUAUGUUUACAUUUUCGAAACCAACGUUUUCGUUCUAAACCUGUUCCAUGUGCCUGUGAACCAGAUUUUCAUGAUGGCUUUUUACUUGAAGUACACAGAGAAAGCUUAGGUGAUGGAACUCGAAUGGCUGAUUCAACAACAAUGUUAUCAAUAAGUGAUCCAGUUCAUAUGGUGCUAAUUAAAACAGACAUAUUUGGUGAGACUACUUUGGUAGCAUCCUAUUUUCUCGAAUGGCGAUCAGUUUUGGGCUCAGAAAAUGGAAUGACCAGUCUUACUGUGGAACUUAUGGGUGUAGGCACAGAAUCAAAAGUUUCUGUGGGAAUUUUAAAUAUAAAACUUGAGAUGUACCCACCACUCAAUCAAACAUUAUCUCAAGAAGUAGUGAACACACAGCUUGCUUUGGAACGUCAGAAAACUGCAGAGAAAGAGCGAUUAUUUCUUGUAUAUGCAAAGCAGUGGUGGAGAGAAUAUUUGCAAAUUCGACCUUCACACAACUCACGGCUGGUUAAGAUUUUUGCACAGGAUGAAAAUGGGAUAAAUAGACCAGUCUGUUCCUAUAUUAAACCACUUCGAGCUGGGAGGCUUCUGGAUACUCCAAGGCAGGCAGCAAGAUUUGUUAAUGUCCUUGGUUAUGAAAGAGCCCCUGUUAUUGGAGGAGGAGGUAAACAGGAACAGUGGUGCACUCUGCUGGCCUUUCUCUGUAGAAACAAGGGUGACUGUGAAGAUCAUGCUAACCUUCUAUGCAGCCUUCUUCUUGGAUAUGGAUUAGAAGCCUUUGUCUGUGUUGGGACUAAGGCAAAAGGAGUACCUCACGCGUGGGUUAUGACCUGUGGAACUGAUGGGACUAUCACUUUUUGGGAGAGUUUAACAGGACACAGGUACAUCCACAAACCUGCCAAUCCUGAUGAAUCUCCAGUUGCUGAACAGCCCAAACCAUUGUACCCAUAUCGAACAAUUGGUUGUGUUUUCAAUCAUCAGAUGUUCCUGGGAAAUUGUCAGCCCUCUGACUCAGUAGAAAUCUGUGUAUUUGAUUUGAAUGAUGAAUCCAAAUGGAAGCCCAUGAGUGAAGAAGCAAUCAAAUCUGUGUGUGCUCCGGGAGCUACAACAUCCCUUCCUCCCUUUCCCCCUCUGUGUGCAUCCACAAUUGAUGCUUCAGUAACAAGUAAUGAAAUAGAAAUGCAGCUAAGGCUGCUAGUGUCAGAACACAGGAAGGAUCUUGGUCUCACUACUGUUUGGGAAGACCAGCUUUCCUAUCUCUUAUCACCAGCUUUGGCUUCUUAUGAAUUUGAACGUACAACGAGUAUAUCUGCAGGCAAUGAAGAAUUUCAAGAUGCCAUAAGGAGGGCUGUACCUGAUGGUCACACAUUUAAAGGGUUCCCAAUACAUUUUGUAUAUAGAAAUGCAAGGCGUGCAUUUGCCACAUGUCUUCGGUCUCCUUUCUGUGAAGAAAUAAUCUGUUGCCGUGGAGACCAGGUGCGACUGGCAGUUCGUGUCCGAGUGUUUACUUACCCUGAAUCUGCAUGUGCUGUUUGGAUCAUGUUUGCUUGUAAAUAUCGCUCGGUAUUAUAGGACUAACAUUUCUAUAAGAAUAUACCUGUUUUAUUGGAAUUUUACACAUUGUACAUUCUAGCUGUAUAGAGGUUAUUAUUUUAAAAAUCAUUCUGGCUUGGAUGUCAUAUUUCACUUUUGUAUAUACCUGACUGAUAAUGUUUAAGAAAAUCAUGUGUGUAUUUAAAAAUUAAGGAUAAAAAACUUGUAUAAAUCUGAGUGGAAUUUAGUAUAAAUUAAAUGUGUAUUUUAUUUUAAUAAAUGCUACUUUGUUUACAGGUAUUCAGUAGUUUAAAUAUAAAUAUAAAAUUUACUCAGUUUUCCUUACAUUAACAGGUAAUCAGAGAUAUUUAUUUAAGGGUUUGAGCCAUAGUAAAAUCAAUAUGAUCAUUAUUUUUCAUAGAUUAAUGGGGUUAUUUUAUAUAAAUUAGGAAAAAUUAACCUCACAACAGAUUUAUUAAAUAGGUGAAAAUACAUUUUGAUGAAUUAUCACUUUUGAGGUUUAUCCAUGGCCAUAGGUAUAUUUGUGACUUUCCAGGGAUUUAUGGGAAGACUUUGAUGCAAGAGUAGGAAAAACUAAUAGCAGAAAAGCAUAAAUAUUAAUAACAAAACAAACCUCACAUAAAAGUACAUAAAUAAUUUAUAAGUAUGUUAGAUCCAUUAUAGAAUGAGUAUUUUUAUUUUUAAAAUUUUUAAAUAUUUAUUUGAGAGAAUGAGCAAGAGCGCACAUAAGCAGGGGGAGCAGCAGAGGGAGAGGGAGAAGCAGGCAACCCACUGAGCAGGGAGCCUGAUGUGGGACUCGAUUCCAGGACCCUGGGAUCAUGACCCAGCCUGAGGGUAGACGCUUAACUGACUGAAGCACCCAGGUGCCCCAAAAAUGAGUAUUUUAGAAAAAAUUCAUCAUACCCUUCUGUAUGACACUUCGAUAAACUGAUUUCUGUAAUUAUUAUUGGCAAUUUGUUGCUGAUUUUCUGUAGUCAGAGGAUUCAUUACUAGCCUCUUCAUGGAUUCCAUCUUAUAAACCACAUUUGUUUGUCUUGAAACCACAUUUGUUUUUCUUCCUUUUUUUUUUCCAUUGUGAUAAAAACAUCAGUGUAUAUGUGACUACUCUAAAUUGGAGAAUCGUUAUGUUAGGACACUGAAAAAUGAGCAUAUGUGAGGGACUCCAUGCUGAUAUUUGCUUUAAAAUUGAGCAAGUUUUAAAAGUUAGUUUUAAAAGUGAACAACAGUGAACAUUAAAAAAGCUAUAGCAGUUUGACUUUUUAUAAGAAGCUAUAUGACAUAAUUGAUAGAUUUGACUGUCCAUUCAGCAUCUCUGUGCACAGGUUGCUUCAUCCAUUGGUCUUAAAGCAACUGUGGGGCACCUGGGUGGCUCAGUUGGUUAAGUGUCCCAGUCCUGAUCUCAGCUCAGGUCUUGAUCUCAGGGUUGUGAGUUCGAGCCCAUGUUGGGCUCCAUGCUGGGCGUGAUCGGCUAUGCAAGUUAAUCUUUUCAUCACUUCAUUGCAAAUGAUUUAAUGUUUUUAAAAUUAAAAACCAUAGAGAUACCCUAAAAUUUACCUUUUGCUUAUUUUUGUAUAUGAUAAAUAUUUAUGAUUUAACUCGUUUAAAACUGAAUAUAUCCCUCUUAUUUUUCAUUGAAAACAGUAAUCAGAUGUUUCCUUUGAGACUGACAUGACUUUAGAGAAUUAGCAAAAUAAGAAUUAGACUUUUUUUCUUUGUUACCAGAAUUACUCAUAAAGCUAUCAAUAGGGAAAAUUGCUUACAGUUUUCAACUUUUGGAACAAACCAUUUAUGGGGCACAUACUAAGAGGCAGACUAUUUUAAGAUCAAGGUUAUGUUAUCAUUGAGGCUGGGCUUCCUGCCUUAUUGUACCAGAGUAACACAUGUAUUCAUAAUGCAUCUUUGGUAUAAAUUCUAAAAUAAAUUUCCUUUAUAUGCACUUUAAUAGAGUCUGACAUGAAUAAUUUUCUGUAAAGGUGGUUUAUUUCAAAAGAUUCAGUACAUUUAUCAUUAGAAUUCUCUCAUUACCAAUAAUUUUUCUUAUUAAAAAUUAAAUUUACCUUGUCUAUUUAGCUGUCAUAAAAGUUGUUUUCCUAUUAAAAAUGUAAAAUUUUUUAUAUAAUGUCUUUAAUGUGUUCUUUUGUACACUAAUACAGUCCUCUAUACAUAUAUGUAUAUGUAUAAUGCAUAGGUAUAUUUAUUAGGAGAAUAUCAGAAACCUAGAAACUUUAUUAUUCAAGUAUGAGCCUAUUGAAUAAAACAUUAAAUUUAGUUCCAACUAAGUGAACACUCCAAAUGCCUUUAAAUUUUUUUCUACUAUUGAGGUGUGCAUUUUUUGAUAUGAUCUGCAAAAACACAUCUAUAACCUGGCAGUUCUGGAAAGUGCACAUAUUUGACACUCACUUUUCUACUCCUUAAAAAAACAAGAUUUGAACCAAAUGAAGAGUAGGCUUAAUAUUUGAAAAGACAAUUGCUGUUAAAGUAGUAUUCUGUGCCGUAUAACUGACCAUCAGAAGGCAUUAGUUAUAAAUCAUCAGUUGCUUAAACCCAUUCACACUUUUGAUUUCAUGCUGUACUAAACAAGAACAUAGUUUAUGUUAGACUACAGUUGGCAGUUUUUACAAUUUUUUUUUUUUUACUCUUAGAUAACAAUUUUGACCUUUAUACUUAAGGAGAUAAGUAUAGGAAUUAGAUGAUCUGAUUUUUAACAUGCUCUUAACUUUUAAACCAAUGAGAAAGUAGCAUUGCUUUCUAGCUGUUGGUAGUUCAGAAAUAAUUUGAGAUUAGCCAAAGCAUAUAUAAAAUAUUAAAAACAAAAUAGCCAAAAUAGAAACCAUCUAAUUUUGAAGAACUUAAAUUGUUUAUAGCAUAUUCUACAUUUAAAGCAUAAGUUGAGUUAUAAUCAUUAGUGCAUGUAAAUGUGGGUAUUAAAUGUUUAAUAUUUUCUUCUGAGAUGUGGUUGGCAUAGUCAUUGUAAUUACAUUUGACUUGUAUUUGGUUUGCGAAUUAACUACAUGACACCAGUGUUGAGACAGUCAUGGAUAUUAGAAGGGAAGUAGAGGAGGUUAUUAGCUGGUCAUUAGCUCACAUAUAGUCUCUAUUUUUUAAAGAUUUAUUUUAUUUUAUUUAAAGGUUUUAUUUAUUUGACAGAGAUAGAGAUAGAGAGAGAUAUUUGACAGAGAUAAAGCACA